AUGGCAGAGGCGCAUAGCAACAGCAGGACUAUGCGCUCUGUCGUUUUUGAUGGUCAUCCACUCAAAGUUCACGUCCGUGAUGUUCAAAAAGCACAUAUCGUCAGGCAAACGGACGCCGUGGUUCGGGUCACUUCAGCCGCUAUCUGCGGCUCCGACCUGCACAACUACCAUGGUGUGUUUGGCAGCAACCAGGUUCCUUACCCUAUUGGACAUGAGGCCAUGGGCUUUGUCGAGAAAGUCGGAGCAGAUGUCGAUUCUGUGAAGGUUGGGGACCGGGUCAUUAUCCCUGACAUUCCUGAUGGCGUCAGCCUGGAUUUAGAACCAGCUAUCAGCCCUGCAGUGGCAUUAUACGGAGAAGGGCCCGACUUUGGAAAUUUGGGAGGCUGUCAAGCCGAAUUCGUCCGCGUCCCACUUGCGGACAAAUCCUUGAUUAUUCUCGAUAAGGACUUUGAUCAGAUCGAGGAUCAGGAUCUGGUUAUACUUUCAGAUAUCUUCCCUACUGCCUGGACAGGGGUCACUUGGUCAGGCUUCGAGGCCGGGGAUAAGAUCGCGAUUUUUGGGGCCGGCCCAGUCGGACUUCUUGCUGCGUAUUCAGCAAUUCUCCGUGGAGCCUCUCGCGUGUAUUCCAUUGAUUAUGUCCAAGACCGCCUCGACCUUGCAGUUUCCAUCGGAGCUAUUCCGAUCAACUUCACGAAGGGCGAACCGUCGGCGCAGAUUCUGGCCCGGGAACCAGGUGGUAUUCAGCGCACUGUAGAUUGCGUUGGAGAGGAAUGUGUCAAUGAAAAAUUGAAACCCGAUCAAUCUUUCGUUAUCACACAGGCGUUGAAGUGCACCUCCGUGGGUGGUGGUUUAGGGGUCAUUGGAGUACAUUUUGCUGAACCGAAUUCUAAGGGAGUUCAACGAGGAGACACCAUCUCACCAGAUAUGACGUUUCCCAUCACACUUUUCUGGGAAAAGAACAUGAGCAUUCGUGGUGGCGUAGUGGACAGCAAAUUAUUUGUUGAGCCACUGUUGGAACUCGUGAAAAGUGGCAUAGCUAACCCGGGCUUCGUCUUCUCUAGCAUCGUCGAUCUUGAAGAGGCACCAAAGGCGUAUCAUCGAUUUUCUGAGCACUUGGAGACGAAGGUUAUGAUAAAAUUCUGCGAGGACAGGGAUGCAAGAGCCAGAUGA